AUGGCCGAACAAGCGGCACUUCUCAAAACGCUGAAAUCAAAUCGCACUACGAUCAAAAAAACAUGCACGAGAUUCCGUACGUAUUUGACUGCAUUAAACGUACCGGUAACAACAAUUGUCGAAUUACGUCAACGGUUACAAAGAUUCAUCGGUCUUUGGGACAAUUUUAACGAGGCUCAGUCAGGUAUCGAAGCAAUCGAGAGUGCUGAUGAGUUCGAGCAAAUUCACCAAAAUGAAAGAGAGUUAUUUGAAGCGAGAUAUUUUGAAAUAACAGUCGAUCUGGAAACGCUGAUCGAGAGGAAGGAACAGGAGAUGCGGGGCAACCUUGCGCAACACGGGUCAGAUUCUCAACAAUCAAGAGACGGAACGCCAAGUAUGCUGAGUAAUAACGUUGCAAAUGAUCACUUAAAAUUACCUCGCGUCACUAUGCCAACGUUUUCCGGAAAAUAUGAAGAGUGGAAUCCGUUUCGAAAUAUUUUUCUGAGCAUGAUUCAUCAAAAUCCCACACUUCCUAGUACUCAGAAAAUGCAGUAUCUUCUAUCAGUGUUGAGAGGCGAAGCACACGAUGUGGUCAGCUCGCUCGAAACUUCCGACGAUAAUUAUUCCGAAGCUUGGAAGAUGCUGAAAGAAAGGUAUGACGACGAUAAUUUGAUAAUUCAAAAGCACAUUAGAGUUUUAUUUGAGCAGCCCGUUCUUCACAAGGAAAACCACGUGGCUUUACGUCGUAUGCUGGAUACCGUGUUAAAGCAUGUACGAGCGUUGAAAGCGAUGAAACAACCUACCGAUCAAUGGGAUGACCUCCUGAUGUAUCUGGUCACUAGUCGGCUAGAUCAAACGACCAGUAAAGAGUGGAAAACCUCGAUCAAAAAGGGUGAUAUACCGAAAUUUGAUCAAUUAACAGAAUUUCUAGCUCAGCGUUGUCGGGCGUUGGAAGCAUCCUCGCGUUCACAAAGGUCCGCAACAAGUACUCCGCAUCAAGGUAAAUGGGAGCACAGUAAGAGCACAACGGCUCACGUAGCUACGACAAACGUGAUGUGCGCAUUCUGUGGUAAAGAAGAUCAUCCGAUAUACAAGUGCAACAAUUUCACGAAACUUGAAGUGGAUCAUCGAAUAAAGGAAGCGAGAUCGCGUAAACUGUGCCUAAAUUGUUUGAAAGCUGCGUCUCAUCAGGCGAGACAGUGCGGGUCGGGAGCGUGCCGCAAAUGCGGUAAACGUCAUAAUACGUUGCUCCAUUUGGAGCAAAAUUCAAAAAAUCAAGCCGAGAUUGCAUCAGCGAGCAUCAUGGACACUAGUGGUGAAAGGUCACCGGCAUCGAGCGUGAAUCUUGCAUCGGUUCGGCAAGAAAGACAGGUACUUCUCGCGACGGCGAUCGUCAAUGUCUUGGACUUCAGAAGUAAGGCUACACAGUACCGAGCUCUUUUUGACUGUGGAUCGCAAUCUUGUUUCGUGACGACUAAUUGCGUACAAAGACUCGGACUCAAGCAAAUUCCUACAAAUAUUCAAAUCUCUGGCCUGGGAGAAUUAUCGACGCAGACUCCCAAGAUAGACUGUCUCGUGAUUCAAAAAAUUACCCAGGCUCUUCCAGCAAAUCAACUCGACCUUAAUGAGUUACAAAUCCCGGACGGUAUAACGUUGGCAGAUCCUGAAUUUAAUCAGCCGUCAGCCGUAGAUCUACUAAUAGGAGCGGAGGUAUUCUUCGAGUUAUUAUGCAUCGGAAAAAUUAAGCUUGCAGAGGAUCAGCCUAUAUGGCAGAAAACGGUACUCGGCUGGAUUGUUUCCGGAAGAUUCAUGAUGCGUGAUCGGUCAAGAAAGGACACGUGUUGCCAUCUGGCAAUCAAUGAUGAACUUAACGCAAGUCUCUCGCGAUUUUGGCAAAUCGAGCAUAACGAACGUCAAAACACUCGGACCCCGGAGGAACGUUUUUGCGAAGAGCAUUUUGCACAGACAUACAAGCGCGAUUUGGAGGGUAGAUUCAUCGUAACUCUUCCAACAAGACACGAGCAGCUCCAAGAACUGGGAGACUCGAGAGACAUAGCUCUGUAA